AUGCCAAUCUCAGACCUCAUCCCCGCGGCCCUCAAGCCCAAACCCGCCAAACCCGCCGCUCCUAAACCCCAAAAAACAUCCUACACGUCCAACGAAGUCCCCAUCCCGCACGACUUCCUCUCCGUUCCCCUCCCGGCCUCCGCCCCCGCCGUAACCCUCCAAAAACUAGACUGGUCCAAGACCGCCCUCCCCGAAAACGGGCCCUUGUAUGCCGUCGUCCUGGACAACGUCCUCACCCCGGACGAAUGCGCCCAGCUCCUCCGCAUGGCCGAGGCCUCCGCCACAGACCGCGGUCCGGACCCGGACAAGGACGAGCCGUGGCGGCCGGCGAUGGUCAAUAUGGGUCCCGGGUGGGAGAUUCUGGAGCCCGAGUACCGGAAUAGCGAUCGAAUUAUCUGGGACCAGCAGGAAGUUGUCGAUCGGUUGUGGGGCCGGUGUAGGCUUGCGCCGGGGUUGGAAGCGCAGCUGGCUGGGAUGGAGGGGGUGAGGAGGCCGGAGAAGGGUUUUGAAACGAGGUGGGCGUUUAAGAGGUUUAACAAGCGGAUGAGGUUUUUGAAGUAUCAGAAGGGGCAGUUUUUUAGACCGCAUUGCGAUGGACCGUAUGGCGAAGAAGCGGAGGAUGGGACUGUGUUCCGGACGCAUUAUACCGUUCAUCUUUACCUCAAUGACUCUGUCGCUGAGGCGGGUAAGGACAGCGGUGCCGACUUGGUUGGUGGCGCGACAUCGUUCUUGUCGGGGGAUGAGAAGAGGAAGGUUGAUGUUGAUCCUAAGGCGGGGCGGGUGCUCAUCUUUCAGCAUAGCCGGCUUUAUCACUCUGGCGACGAUGUUGUCAAGGGGACCAAGUAUACGAUGAGGACGGAUAUUUUGUAUGAGUUGAUCAAGACGAAGAUUGAGGAUGAGACGGAGGCGAGUGAGGCCGUGGCGGCUUGA